CAAUUUUUUUACUAAUUUAUUUUCUAUCGAAAUUUUUAAUCAUAAAAAUGAGUUACAUUAAUAGAAAAAUAAAACAAUUAGUAUCCAAAUUUAAUAAAUUAAAUAUCAACCAUAAAAAUUGUAAUCCAUGGUGUAAAGAAUGUGUUCCUCGUUACAUAAUUGAAGGAUGGACCAGUGAAAAUCACGAUGUUGAUGAAUUUAUCAAGGAUACGAUUUAUAAUGCAAAAUAUCCAUUAUGGGGUGAUGAUACAAGAUGUCCAUUAUUUCUUGAAUGGGUACCAUUUGAUAGAUUUGAAGAUAUGAAACAAAUUGGGGAAGGUGGAUUUGCUAAAGUAUAUUCUGCAACAUGGGUUGAUGGUAAAACGAAAUAUGAAAGACAAGAUGAUGGAAUUAGGAAAAAAAAAGAAUCCAACCCAAUGAAAGUUGCCUUGAAAGGGUUAAAUGAUUCACAGAAUAUAUCAGUUGAAUAUUUAAAUGAGCUUCAAAUACAUUGGAAUUAUUUUAAGAGAAGUAAGAUAUCAUUUUUAAAAUUUUAUGGAAUGACAAAAAAUCCGGUAACUAAAGAAUUUAUGAUGAUUAUUGAAUUUUCAGAAAAGGGGAAUUUAAGAAGUGUACUUACAAAAGAUUUUAACAAUAUUUUAUGGAAAGAUAAAAUUAUGAAUUUGUUUAAAUUAUCAGUUGAACUUUGUAAUUUUCAUAAAUUAGGAUAUUGUCAUAAGGAUUUACAUAGUGGAAAUAUAUUACAAAUUUAUAAUGAAGAAGUAAAGUCUAUUGUUUCUUAUAUUUCAGAUUUUGGAUUAUCAGGAUCAUUGAAUAAACAAAAAUCAGAUGGUAAAAUAUGUGGUGUGUUGCCAUAUGUUGCUCCAGAAGUAUUAAAUAAAGAGCCAUAUACAACAUCAUCUGAUAUUUAUAGUUUUGGUGUAAUUAUGGCUGAAUUAUCAUCUGGAAAACCACCCUUCCAUAAAAGAAAACAUGAUGCUAUCUUAGCAUUAGAAAUAUGUAAUGGACUCAGGCCAGAAUUUGGAAAAGGAACUCCUAAAAUUUAUAAAAAAUUAGCUUAUAGAUGUAUGAAUGCUAUUACUAAUCAAAGACCAACAGCAGGAGAAUUAGUUAGUAUAAUAAUGUUUUGGUAUAAGUCCAUAAAAAGUGAAGGUGAUUAUCAGGAAAAAAAAAUAUUUCUUUGCAGAAACCUUAAAUUUUUGCGAGGUAUCAUUGCGUCAUUACUAAGAUAUAUGCAAGAUAUAUUUAGGGUAAUGUGACGAUCCUUUUUUAUUAAUGAAUUGUUCCGAUGUUAAUCCAGUAUCACAAUGAGAUUUGCACAGUAUUUUGACUGCAUCGGAACAAUUCUUUUUAUAAUAUUGUUAAUUCAUUGAAAAUAUACAUAGAAAAGCGUAUUAUAGGUAUUUUCACGGUAUUUUAAAGACAUUAUAAAUUACUUUGCUAACAUCAUAAAAUUUUCGUAAAUUACAAAUAACUUAAAUAUAGCAAUUAACAAUUUAAAUUACAAUCUAAUUAAAAAUCUUUUAUAAUAUAACCAUUUGUAAUUAUU